AUGAAGUGGUCAAUAGAACUCGGGGAGUUUGACAUCCAGUACAGACCCUGGACUGCAAUAAAAGCUCAGGUGAUAGCAGAUUUUGUUGCUAAGUUCACACCUUCCCAAGAAGACCAGGUCAACAUUUCCCCAGAAACAAACCCUCAGAUUCAAACGGACAAAAAAGCUACUUGGACUCUGUUUGUUGAUGGGUCAUCAAAUGCACAUGCUAGUGGAGCAGGGUUGAUCAUCACCUCCCCAGCAGGAGAAAACAUUGCCUAUGCCCUUUGGUUUGGCUUCAAAGCAACAAACAACGAAGCAGGAUAUGAGGCCCUCAUAGCUGGGUUAAAACUAGCAGAAGUCCUCAGAGUGGAGCAGCUCAUAGCAUACACAGAUUCUCAGUUGAUAGCAGGGCAAGUCCGAGCAGAAUACGAAGCCAAACAUGAGAAAAUGAAGGCCUACUUAAGAAAGGUAGAAGAAUUAAAAAAUCAUUUCACAAGAUUUUCAGUCCAUCAAAUCCCACGUGAAAAAAACGCAAAUGCAGAUGCUCUAGCUAGAUUGGCUACCGCGUUAGACCCAGAAGUGAAUAGGGCAAUACCAUUGGAGUACCUAGAUAAGCCGAGUACACUUCAAGAAGUUCAAAAAGAGGUACAACAGUUGGUGCUCAACAUGGGAUGGGCAGAGCCUAUCAUAAAAUACUUUAAGGAGGGAGAACUUCCUAAAGACAUAAAUGAGGCCCGAAAAGUUAAAAUUCGAGCAGCAAGGUACACCCUCAUCAAAGGGGUGCUGUAUAAGAAGGUUUUUUCUUUACCCUACCUGCGUUGCGUCUCAGCUGAGGAGGCAAGGUACAUUCUAAAGGAGAUACACGAAGGAGAUUGUGGUAAUCACGCUGGGGGCAGGUCUUUAGCACACAAAGCUAUCCGACAAGGGUAUUAUUGGCCUACUGUACAAAAGGAUGCUAUGGACUAUGCGAAAAAAUGUGAUAAAUGUCAACGGUUUUCCAAUGUUCCAAAACAACCACCUGAAGAGCUGACUCCCAUGACGGGUCCAUGGCCUUUCGCACAAUGGAGAAUGGACCUUAUAGGGAUAAAGAACCACUACUCAUCACCUGGACAUCCUCAAGCAAAUGGGCAGGCUGAGGUGGCGAACAGAUCAAUACUUCAAAUGAUAAAAAAGAAGCUUAAGGAUAAGAAGGGAACAUGGCCUGAAGAAUUGCCCAGUGUAUUGUGGGCUUACCGUACAACUGCAAGAACCCUGUGGGGGGAAACACCAUUCCUAUUGGCCUUUGGAAGUGAAGCAGUUGUUCCUGCUGAAGUCGGUGUAACCAAUUUCAGGACUGAGCAUUAUGAGCCACGAGCAAAUGAGAGAGAAUUACUAUUGAGCUUAGACCUAAUUGAGGAAAGAAGGGAAUUAACUCAGAUUCGAACGGCAGCUUAUCAACAAAUGGUGUCUAGAUACUAUAAUGCCAAGGUCUAG